GUGGGUUCUUUAAACUAAUUGAGAAGGUGUCAAACCUGCAACCAAUGGGUUCAACUGUCAAAAGAAUGUUUAUUAUCACCUCUCUUCUUAUCAUAGGGAUUUGGUCUUCUCAGAUCACAUGCCGCAUGUUAAGUGACUUGUCCAUGUCAGAGAAACAUGAAAUGUGGAUGGUACGUUAUAAACGGGUGUACAAAGAUGACACAGAGAAGGAAAUGCGCUUCAAGAUAUUUAAGGACAACAUGGAAUUCAUAGAAUCAUUCAACAGUGGUGGAAAUCAUCCUUACAAAGUAGGUGCUAACGCAUUUGCCGACCAAACAAAUGAAGAGUUCAAAGCAGCUCGUAAUGGUUACAAGUUUUCAACAAACAAAAAAUUAGAUCAAACAACACCAUUUAGGUAUGAAAAUGUGACUGUAGUGCCACCUAGCAUGGAUUGGAGAAAGAAAGGAGCAGUUACCCAAGUUAAAGAUCAAGGUCAAUGUGGAAGCUGUUGGGCGUUUUCAACUAUAGCUGCUACCGAAGGGAUUACUCAACUCAGUACUGGAAAAUUGAUUUCACUCUCUGAGCAAGAGCUAGUGGACUGUGACAGGAGUGGUGAAGAUGAAGGAUGUGAGGGUGGCGAGAUGGAAGAUGGCUUUGAAUUUAUUAUAAAAAACAAAGGCAUCAACGCUGAGGCAGCUUACCCGUAUCAAGCUGUGGAUGGAACUUGCAACACAAAGGAGGAAGCAAUUUAUGCUGCCAGGAUUAGUGGGUAUGAAAAAGUUCCAGCCAACAGUGAAAAGGCAUUGCUACAGGCAGUGGCCAAUCAACCCAUAUCUGUGUCCAUUGAUGCUAGUGGCUACGCUUUUCAGCUCUACUCAAGUGGAAUUUUUACUGGGGAUUGCGGAACCGAUCUUGAUCAUGGUGUUACAGCCGUUGGGUAUGGGGUAACUGAUGAUGGAAUGAAGUAUUGGUUGGUUAAAAACUCGUGGGGUGCCAGCUGGGGAGAUGGUGGAUACAUAAUGAUGCAAAGAGAUGUUAGUGCCAAACAAGGUCUAUGUGGAAUAGCUAUGGAUUCAUCGUAUCCAACUGCUUAG